AUGCCUUCUGAAAACUCCGUCUCGAUCUAUAAGCUGGAUCAAUUGGAGUAUCAAUAUCACUACUUGACGAACUCAUUAGAGAAAUUUGAACCAAGAUAUCCAAAAACUGCAAAACUAUACAAUUGUAUAGGUAGAAAAAACAAGAAAAAAGUGGACAAGCUAUUGGGCUCUUUGGAAUUAAAAACUUUAACUGAAGAACUAGGCGAAAGUUACUCAAAACUACUAAAUAAUAAGAUUCAUUACUACGAGACGCAUCUGUCAAAAUGUAUAAAAGAGCAAGUCCAAAAACUGUCUCAAAAGACUUCAAGUAGACCGAAAAAUUCUGAAAAAAAAAAGACAGCAACUAUAGAUUUGGAGAAAAUGCUUGAUUCAAAGAUUUCAUUAGAUGAUUUGGCGCUAUACAUGACGAGGUUCAAGCUGAUUAAAAUUUUGAAUCAAAGGAUCAAACAAAAAAGCAAAAAAACUGAAGAUGACACAAAUGCUAAAACAUGGUUAGAUAACAAUGACUACACUGAUUACAUCAACGAUAAAACAAGUAAAUGGAACCCAAGUCAUAUUUGGAAUGAAGUCAUCACAAAACUACCAAGCUGUGAAAAGUCAAAUGCAUUAAUCGGUCAAAACAAAACUAUUCAGGAUUUAAUCGAAUCCUUCGAUUUGAGUAUUUGUUUCAUUUUUGGAUUUGACGUGAGUGUUAUGAAAGCUAAGAAGUAUGAAGCAAACGAGAAACCACUCAAAUCUACUCCACUGCCUACCGAGAUUGAGUAUAAUGACGAUGAUGAAAACAAUGCCAACGAUAAGACUUCCUAUGUGACUAAGGAAAGAAAUAAAAGCAAUAUGGAAGUGACGUCAGAUGACGAAGACCUGUUGGUAAAGCAAUACGAGGGCAUGCUAGGUAAUUCAGAUGAAGAAGAAGAAGGUAGUGGAUACUUGAAUCCUAAUAUCAAUUACGAUGAAGUGACAGACGAAGAACCUAGUGGAGAAUCAUCCGAUGAAGAGGGUGAUUACGAACAAGAUAGCGAUGAUGAAGAAAAUCAACCGAAGAGGAAGAAGGCCAAGGUACAUAACUUGCCUGAACUGAUGGCUGGUUAUUAUAGUGGGGAUGAUAGUGAAGAAGAAAGCAGUGACAAUAAUUUGAACGAGAAUGAUAAAGGGAAGAAAAAGAACGGUAAAACAUCCGAUGAUCGUACGGCUAGAGAACAAAUGUCAAACGAGCCAAAGAGGAAAAACAGACGUGGUCAAAGGGCAAGAAGAAAAAUCUGGGAGAAAAAAUACGGCUCUGAGGCUAAGCAUGUGCAAAAAGAAUUAGAGAAAGAAAUGGAAGAGAGGAAACAAAGACAAAUUGAUUACGAAGCUAGAGUCGCUAAACGUGAAGCUCAAGCGGAACUAUACGCUUCUAGGGAAAAGGAACGCGAACGUGGGCGUACUGAAGUGACCUACAAGAAAGAAAAAGAACCAACUGCCACUGGGGAAGAGCAUCCUUCUUGGGUUGCUAAGAGACUAGCCGAAGAAAAGUUACAAAAAGCUAAAUUUGAAGGUAAAAAGAUUAAAUUUGAUUGA